AUUAGCAUCUCACCAUCUUCAUCACUCUUCAAUUCUCACCUUUUCUUACACACAGGGAAUUCUCUUCAAGAAUCUAGUCUUCGAAGUGCAAAAUGGCCGGAGGAAGGAAAGGAGGAGGACCAAGGAAGAAGUCUGUCACCAGAUCCGUCAGAGCUGGACUUCAAUUUCCAGUCGGAAGAAUCGGUCGAUUCUUGAAGAAAGGUAGAUAUGCUCAGCGUGUUGGUACCGGUGCUCCUGUUUACUUAGCUGCUGUUCUUGAAUAUCUUGCUGCUGAGGUUCUUGAGUUGGCUGGAAAUGCAGCACGUGACAACAAGAAGAAUAGGAUCAGUCCAAGACAUUUGUUGCUGGCUAUUAGGAACGAUGAAGAGCUUGGAAAAUUGCUAGCUGGUGUUACCAUUGCUCAUGGUGGUGUUCUACCUAACAUCAACCCUGUGCUUUUGCCAAAGAGGAAUGAAAAUGCUGCUGCUAGUACUCCCAAGUCUCUAUCAAAGGCUAAGAAAUCCCCAAAGAAGGCUUAGAUAGAAAGGUUUUAGAUGCUAGGCUUUGUUUAUUCCUUUUCGUUUUAUGUUGAUAUCUAAGUUUAGCUUUUAUUGUAGCCGAAAUAUUCGAUGUAUAUCUAUCGGUGUAAUUCAAAUUUCUCUGUAUCUCACGGUGAGUUUGAUUAAUAAAUUAAAACAACCCUUUGGUUUUAUGUUAA